AUGCCUUUUGGGAUCCAGCCCCGAGGUCUGGAGUUGAAGGAAGCCCAAGAGCUGUUCCUGCACCCCGAGGCCGCGGUCCCCCUCCACCUCUCCCUGGGGCCCGGCUUCCUGGACCCCGGCCAGGCGGGCCUCUGCGAGCGAGCCCUGGAGGAGCUGGCCGGGUUCGAGAUCCCCUCGGGGCAGCUGCCGCCCGGGCCCGGGUUCGAGCCGGGCCCGCAGCGGCCUCCGGGUCCGGCGGCGGCAGCGACGGCAGAGGCGGGGGGCCCCCCGGUCCGGGCCCGGCGGGGCGGCGGGGCCCGGGGUGGCGGCGGGCGGGCGGCCCCGCGCGCCAACAUCUGCGGCAUCUGCGGCAAGAGCUUCGGCCGGGGCUCCACCCUGAUCCAGCAUCAGCGCAUCCACACCGGGGAGAAGCCGUACAAGUGCGGGGUGUGCGACAAGGCCUUCUCCCAGAGCUCCGACCUCAUCAAGCACCAGCGCACCCACACGGGCGAGCGGCCCUACAAGUGCCCCCGCUGCGGGAAGAGCUUCGCCGACAGCUCCUACCUGCUCCGCCAUCAGCGCACCCACACGGGCCAGAAGCCCUACGAGUGCCCGCACUGCGGCAAGGCCUUCGGCGACAGCUCCUACCUCCUCCGCCACCAGCGCACCCACAGCCGCGAGCGGCCCUACUGCUGCCCGGACUGCGGCAAGUGCUACAGCCAGAACUCCUCCCUGCGCAGCCACCGCCGCGUCCACACGGGCCAGAAGCCCUACAGCUGCGGCAUCUGCGGCAAGGCCUUCUCGCAGCGCUCCGCCCUCACCCCCCACCAGCGCAGCCACACCCGCGAGAAGCCCUUCAAGUGCCCCGACUGCGGCAAGAGCUUCAGCCAGGGCUCCGUCCUCAACAUCCACGCCCGCACCCACCUCCCCGGCCGCUCCUACAGCUGCCCGGACUGCGGGAAGACCUUCGGCCGCUCGUCCACCCUCAUCCAGCACCAGCGCUCCCACACCGGCGAGAGGCCCUACAAGUGCGCCGUCUGCGGGAAGGGCUUCUGCCGCUCCUCCACCCUGCUGCAGCAUCACCGCGUCCACACCGGCGAGAGGCCCUACAAGUGCGCGGACUGCGGCAAGGGCUUCUCCCAGAGCUCCGACCUCAUCCGACACCAGAGGACCCACGCGGCCGGGAGGCGCUGACCGGGAGCCGGGCCUCGGGCGGCGCAGGGGCUUCGGGGAGACCGGGACCGGCCGGGCGGGGGCCGUUCGGAAGCCCCGAGAACCCAAGUAGACGGCGUU